AUGAAUAUAUCAACUCCCCUUUGCGCUCCCACUGCGGAUGCAGCGUUCGGCCCUGUUGUCGACGCGGCGUGUCGUGAUGGGUUCGAUUUCACUCUUGUCUUUGAGCAAUCCAUCUUUGUCCUUCUUCCCGCGUCGCUGCUUGUCCUCGCGGCGCCUCUGCGACUCAUUCAGCUACGGAAAUCGCCAAUCAAAGUUGUCGAUCACGUAUCGCGCGUGAUCAAAUUGCUUGUUCUGAUCGCCCUUUGGGCAACCCAUGAUGGGCCUGCGCGUUUGAACAGUGUGUCUGUUGCUGCUGCCUGUGUCUCCUUUGCCUCUAGCCUCAUGUCCUGUGCCCUCUCGUAUUUUGAACAUGGCAGAUCCCUUGGUCCCUCGUCGCUGCUGAAUGUCUUCUUACUCGUAUCUCUGCUGCUCGACGCUGCUGUUUUACGAACCACGGCGCUGCUCGUGCUUGAGGCAAGAGAAAAGUCGGGCCACGUUGUUGGCCGACAGACUCUCGCCCCGGAAGAGACAUCCGGUCUGUAUAGCCGGGCCGUGUUUGCAUGGGUUGCGCCGUUACUCCGGACCGGAUUCCAGCGCCUGCUUCGGCCGGCCGACUUGUUUCCGCUCGAUGAGAAGAUGAGUUCGUCAGGACUGAACGAGAGGUUUUGGUGGCAUUGGCGAAAAGCAUCUCCCUCGACUCAGGCGAACAAGCAUCGCCUUAUCCUCUGCUGCAUCGUCACUCUUCGCUCUGCCAUCAUCUCUGUUAUUGUCCCUCGGCUAUUUCUCCUUGCCUUUACCAUAUGCCAGCCUUUGGUCUUGACCCGCUUUCUCGGCUUUCUCAACGAUGAGACGCAAUCGGUGAACGUUGGUUACGGGCUCAUUGGAGCUUAUGGACUCGUUUACCUGGGCAUCGCGGCCACGCAGGCGCUGUACUGGCAUCAAAAUGGCCGCUGUGUGACGAUGCUCCGGGGAGUCCUUGUCUCGGCUGUAUUUUCCAAGGUCACCGAAGUGAGCAUCGUUGCGGUUGACGAUUCUGCCGCAUUGACUCUCAUGUCUUCCGAUGUCGACGUCAUUGGCCGUGCUAUGAGACAAAUUCACGAAUUCUGGGCCAACGUCUUUCAGAUUGCAAUUGCGACCUGGCUUUUGAGCAAGCAGAUUGGGUAUGCAGCAGCAGGGCCCAUAAUCGUCUCUGUUCUUUCGCUGGGAGCGACCAUGUUUGUCUCGCCACUUGCGCAAAGGUAUCAGGUCGGUUGGCUUGAGAAGACCCAGAAGCGAGUUGGCAUAACUUCUGCCAUGAUUGGCCACAUCAAGAGUAUCAAAAUGUCUGGUCUCUCCAAACACUUUUCCGACACCAUUGCUACUCUUCGCGUCCAAGAAAUCACCGCAUCCAAGCCCUUCCGAGUUGUAGGAGCAGUGACAUCUUCGGUGGCCCAAGUGCCGCUGCUUCUCUCUCCGGUUCUAGCUUUCGCCAUGUUCCAAGGCAUUACCGCUGCGACGGGAGAAGUGCUCGAUGCUACACGAAUGUUUGCCGCGCUUUCGCUGAUUACGUUACUUGCGCAGCCUCUGUUUUGGAUCUUUGAAGUUGUGCUUGAUAUGAGUGCUGCGUUUGGUGCUUUUGACCGAAUCCAAAAGUUUCUGGUCAGCUCUACUCGGGAUGAGUAUCGGACUGUGGAAACGGCUAAUAUGAUAGAUUCCACAACUGUCCACAUUGGGGAAGAAGCUGUUGAGGUUGAGGACGCUACGUUUGCUUGGACGUCAGAACGACAGGUCUUGAAUAACAUCAGCUUCUCUCUCAACCGUGGCCAAUUUGCACUUCUGAUUGGCCCUGUGGCAUCUGGUAAGACGACUUUGCUCAAAGGACUCCUGGGUGAGGUGCUUUAUUGCACAGGCAAAGUCUCCCUAGCUAGCAGUCGUCUGUCCUGGUGCGAGCAGACUCCUUGGAUUCUGAAUCAAUCCAUUAGGGACAACAUUACAGCGUACUCUCAUUUCGACCAGGACCUGUAUGACCAGACUAUCAAGGCGUGUGAACUUGAAGAAGAUUUUAGGCAACUUCCUCAGGGAGAUUUUACCAGUGUUGGCAGUAAAGGGCUCGCCCUCAGUGGUGGCCAAAAGCAACGAGUGGCGCUGGCCAGGGCUGUGUACUCUCGACCCCGUAUCGCCUUGUUUGACGACAUAUUCAGUGGACUGGAUAACGCUACUUCGCAGCGCAUUUUUAGAAACCUGUUUUCUUCUACAGGAUUAUUUCGAAAGUGGGGAACAACUGUUGUAUUGGCUACACAAACUGUCGAAUUUCUUGCAUCGGCAGACCUCAUCAUUGCACUAAGUCGAGAGGGUAAGAUAAUAGAACAAGGUUCCUUCUCACAACUCUUAGCUUCAGAUGGAUAUGUGCAGAGUUUGGCCGCCAAGCGAGCCAUCGCUUCCAGUCCUGAAGUUCAUCAAGACGAGGUUAUUUCAGAAUCCGGAGCCGAAGCUACCGCACCAAAAGUGGAAUACAAAGCCAAACAAGAGGAAAUAAAGGAUGAUAAACGUAGACAGCUCGGAGACUCAACUGUCUACAAGUACUACUUCGGCAGUAUUGGACCGAUCUUCAUUAUAACCUUGCUUUCUCUCGAGAUCGUCUGGGCUUUCCUCCAGAGCUUCCCAACUGUUUGGCUUAAAUUCUGGACAGACUCGAAUAGUCAAGGACACACCCAAACGGGCUUGUAUCUUGGAGUCUUUUCUGCUAUGCAAGUAAUCGGCGUCCUCUGGUUUGCCUUGCUUAUAUGGUUCGUUCUUGUCGUCAUUGCGGCAAAGUCGGGAGUGUCACUUCAUCAUAGACUCCUCUCAGCCGUUGUUAGUGCACCACUGUCACUCUUUACAACGACUGACUUGGGUUCGAUUACCACAAGAUUCUCCCAAGACAUUGGCAUUCUAGACAACAACCUCCCACUCGCACUCGUGGUAACAAUAGCAAGCUUCUUCGGGGUCCUUGCUAGAGCAGGUCUUCUCGCAGCUUCAUCCUACUAUGUAGCCAUCAGCUUCCCCUUUCUCGCCGCCCUGUAUUACUUCCUCCAGCGUGGCUACCUCCGCACGUCGCGACAGCUUCGUCUCCUUGACCUUGAGGAGAAGGCUCCGGUUUACACGCAGUUUAUGGAAACACUGGCUGGAAUUUCCACGAUCCGAGCGUUUGGAUGGCAAAAUCAGGCCAUCUUGAAGAAUCACCAACUCGUUGACCAAUCUCAGAAGCCUUUCUAUCUUCUCAUGAUGGUCCAGCGAUGGCUCGUCCUUGUUCUCGAUCUAACCACCACGGCGCUUGCUCUCCUCAUUGUCGGAUUUUCUGUCAAGCUUCGCGGAUCCGUUUCUGUUGGGCUCACUGGCGUGUCGCUAGUCCAACUUAUCACCAUGAGCGAAACACUAAAUAUGCUCAUCCAGUUUUGGACUUCAAUUGAGACUUCUAUUGGGGCCGUUGCUCGCAUCAAGCAAUUUGCUGAAGAGACCCCGAACGAGAGUCUUCCAGGAGAAGAUCAAGAGGUGCCUGUUGAUUGGCCAAACAAAGGACAUGUUGUCAUACAAGCUCUUGAGGCAUCGUAUGACGAGAAUGAUGGUAUCAAGGCUCUUGAUGGCGUUACGCUAGACCUGAAGCCUGGGUACAAGACUGCCAUUGUUGGGCGUACAGGAAGCGGUAAAUCCUCACUUUUGUUAGCCCUCCUCCGCCUGCUCGACCCAUCUUCUGGCACUCUCAGCAUCGAUUCCAUCCUCCUUAGCACCAUCCCUCGCGAAACCAUCCGUUCCCGCAUUAUCACCGUCUCUCAGGACCAGUUCGUUCUCCCCGGGACCAUACGUCACAACAUUGACCCGUCAGCCUCCUACACCGACAACGCCAUUGUCGAAGCCCUGCGUGCGGUCGAUCUAUGGACCGUGAUCGAUUCUCGCGGUGGCCUCGACGCGACUUUUGAAGAGGAUAUGCUGAGCCAUGGACAAAAGCAACUCUUUUUCCUUGCGAGAGCUGUGCUGAAGAAAGAUUGCGGUAAAGUUGUUCUCUUGGACGAAGCUAGUAGCAUUCUAGACAAGGAAACAGAGCAGAUGGUUCGUACGACCAUCAACACGCACUUCAAGAACCAUACUGUCAUCUCCAUCGCCCAUCAUUUGGAAACUAUCCUAGAUUUCGACCGCGUCGUGGUCAUGGAUAAAGGCCGUGUUGUGGAAGUCGGGCCGCCUCGAGAACUACUACAGUCUGCUGGUCAUGGCAGGUUCAAGGCUCUGUGGGAGGCAAAUAAUCGUGGAACGCUCAAUUGA